UGCUUAUUUGUUUUGUAUUUUUAUUUAAUAAAAUUGAACAUUGUAUAUGCAAUACAAUUGUGAUGCAAUUGUUGGAUGAGUUUUGAUCAUUAAAUACAUGGAAAUAAUGACUGAAAACAGUUUUAUGAAAGAAGAAGCGAUCGGUUCAGUCAACGGCCACUUCGAAGACGAUUCCAACAAAGACUCGGAUAUUAUCCACACAAAUAUGAAUCAAUUUGAACAAAACGACCGAAUUUGCAAUGAAGACAAUAUAAGAGAGCCAGACAUGGAUUCAAUGAAGAUGUUUGUCGGACAGAUACCGAGGGAUUGGACUGAAACUGAGUGCCAGAAACUAUUGGAACAGUUCGGAGACAUUCAUUCAAUUAAUUUGCUCAGAGAUAAGAGAACCGCAAAAAGCAAAGAGCAACGCCACUGGAAAAAGUUGGUAAUAGAAAGCAAAGACUUGUUGCCAUUUGUGGCUAUAGUUUUGGGUGAUUUGGAGAUCGAUUGA